GAAACUUAUCAGUUUAUAUGCCAUAUUCUCAUUUUGUUCUCAGGAUGGCGACAGCUCAUAUGCCAGCCAUCAAGAGGUUUGCUCUGCACGCAUACGCUCUUUUGUUCUACGUAUCAUGUGUGUCUAUGACACCCAGUGUUUUCCAGCCAAACGUGUCAGUCACAGCCCCAGCCGGUGGUUCGGUCAUCCUGGAAUGCUACACCACUGUCGAUCCGGUUGUGACCUGGGUUUGGCUCAAACAAAUCCCAGGACAAAAGCUAAGCCCUAUAGUUUCCACAUAUUACAAGAAGAUAAAACUUCAAGAAGAAUUUGUCAACGAAUCACGGCUUGAAGUCAAAGUCGAUGACAAUAAAUCUGCAUUAAUCUUCAACAAGAUUACAUCCAGAGAUGCCGCCUAUUACCACUGUGGUGUGCAGUUGUAUGAAAUGUUGUACUUUGGAGGGGGAUCUUAUCUAACAGUUAAUGAUGCAAAGCCCAUUAAAGUCAUCCAGCGUCCAGUUUUGGACUCACAUCAUGAAGGAGACUCUGUGACUCUUCAUUGCUCAAUCUUUGGUGAGACUUGUUCAGGAGAGCAAAGCGUCUACUGGCUUAAAUACGAACCAAGGGAGUCUCAUUCAGGAUUCAUUUACAGUGAAGGAGACAGGAAAGAUCAGUGUGAGAAGAUCUCCGUGUCCGGAUCGACUGUACAGAACUGCGUGCACAAAGUCCCCAAAAGCCUCGCCAGUGAUGAAACUUACUUUUGCAGUGUGGUCACAUGUGGAAAGCUAUUCAUUGGUAAUGGAACUAAACUGACAGCUGAUGUUGUUUCUGAUAAAACAGCGUUUUAUAUCAUCGCACUGCUCUCCGCUGUAUUGGUGAUAUUAGUAAUAGUUAAUAUAAUAAUGGUGCUGUCAUGGAGAAGAACUGCACACAGAAGUGUCGGCGAGGUUCAGUCUACAGCCCAGAUUGCUGACACAGAGUCCGAAAAUUAUGCAUCGCUGAAGUUUUCAUCGGACCAGUCUACACGUAAAAUAAAAGGCCACAGAGAGGUCAAUUCUGUGGUGUAUGCAUCUGUUCGCAAACAGAUAGCGUAAA